AUGGCCGUCGCAUCUUCCAGACAGCCUUUUGUCUGUCUCCGUCGACUACCCAAGACGAGACGCACAUACUCGACCACGCAAACUCCGCUCCCACCCACGCCCCCAGCCUCCGGCGCAGCAAAACUCACCACCCGCCGCCUAAUCUCCCUCCACGGGCCCGACGCACCUAAAUUCCUCCAAGGCAUCAUAACCAACAACCUCAGCACAGCCACUCGCUCAGGCUUCUUUGCCGCCUUUCUCACCGCUCAAGGAAAAGUGCUGCAUGAUGUCUUUGUGUACCCCACCUUGGGCUCUGGCUUCCACGAUUUGCACAACAAGACCGAGGAUCCAGGAUUUUUGGUCGAGGUGGAUGAAAAGGAGACGGGCAAUUUGCUGAAACAUCUCAAGAGGCAUAAAUUGCGGUCGAAAUUUGCACUCAGGGUGUUGGAAGAGGGCGAAUUGGAUAUUUGGAGCGUGUGGCGGGAGCAGGAGAAAUGGACGCCUCAUCCUGCAUUACCUAGCAGUCAAGGUGCGAAUAUCGAUACACAAGGCAACAUCACACUCAUCGACACACGAGCCACCGGUUUAGGCCAAAGGAUCCUGUUACCCUCCACAUCGGCACUGGACACUUUUUCAAGUAUGCAAGGGGUUCAAGAUGUGGGAUUGGCAGCAUACACGAUACGAAGAUAUCUACGCGGCGUCCCUGAAGGUCAAGACGAAAUCCCUCGCGAUGAUGUGUUGCCCAUGAAUACCAAUUUCGACAUUAUGAGCGGUAUAGACUUUAAAAAGGGAUGUUAUGUGGGCCAAGAGUUGACGAUACGGACACAUCAUACUGGAGUGGUUAGAAGGCGUGUUUUGCCUGUUGCAUUGUUCGACUCUGCUUCCUCACCACCAGAGAAGAUUGUCUAUGACGCGAGCACAAAGGUUGCAGUGCCGGAACGCAAUACGGAGAUUAAGAUUGAGGGCAAGAGAGGUAAACCGGGGAAAUGGAUUAAUGGCGUUGGAAAUGUUGGGUUGGCCAUGUGUAGGUUGGAGUUGAUGACUGAUUUGCAGGUUACGGGUGAGCCUAGCACUUUUAGCGCAGAGGAUAGGUUUAUUGUCAAGAGUGAGCAAGAUGCAAAGGCGUUAGGUGUCAAGGCUUUUGUGCCUGAUUGGAUGAAGAGUAAGAUUAGAGCUCCAAAGUUACAGAGGAGAGUAGAAUAG